AAAUCAUAUAAUGUUGAUGUUGUUUGAGGUUGCGUUGUUAUUGUGUUGCUUUAGCAAGUGUAUCCACUAUUAUAGCACUCCGCCACAAAUCACAUAGACUACGCAUGGGGGGAAACUAGUGUGACAGUAAUUGGGGUUAUCUCUGGGAAUUUUGACCGUAUCUUGGCACACCGCUUUUGCCCUGACAGUCGUAAUUUAACCAUUAACUUCUGUAACUCCCUCACGGCGGGUAAACGUUUUUUAUUGUAGAUAUAAAUUAAAACAUAAUGUGUAUUUGAAUUACUAACAAUGGGUAAGUGUGUUGUGGAUACUUGUGAUAAUAGAAGCAGCGGACCACGUAAAAAGCCUAAUGUUUCCUUCUUUAAAUUUCCUAGAGAUGUCGAUACAAAAAUAGAGUGGGUAAAUUUAAUUAAAAAACGUGUGGAUUGGAUACCAACCAUUCACUCCUCUGUUUGUUCCGAUCAUUUCGAAGAUAUAUAUAUGUAUAACACUGAAAAGGGGUAUCGGAAAAUCCAAAGAAAAGGAGUACCAACAUUAAACCUACCGAAAUAUGUUAAUUCGUUGUUUAUUUAGUUUUGUGUCUGCCGGGUACAGGCCUAUAAAGGCCUAUAAAGGCGCGAUUUAUCUCAGUUUUAAAUCGACAACCGUGGUGUUUACGUCGUGAUAUUUUUGUAUUUAUUUUAAAAACAUGGGCAAAUGUGUUGUGAUGGGGUGUGAAAACAGAACUGAUACGAAAGGCGACGAAAAAAAUGAUGUUAAUUUCUUUGUAUUUCCUCAAGAUCCCAUUAUAAAACAAAAAUGGAUAAAAGCAAUGAAAAAGCCUGACAACUGGCUGCCGCUUAAGUACAGUAGAGUUUGUUCGAAACAUUUUAAGUAUGAGCUAAUUGACACCACUAAACAACGUCGCAGAUUACAUUCCCUAGCGGUACCAUCAUUAAAUUUGCCAUCCAAUAUAAGCAGUGACAAGUAUACACAAACUGAUUGUCCAAAUACACAAUAUAGAAAUAGGCAUUUAAUAAAAAAUGAAAUGCCCUCAGAAAUUCGGGAUGAGGAGUUAAAUGCUAAAGAAGACGAGUUUUCUUUUGACGAUUCGUCUUCUCAUAUAGAAAGUGACUCGUCGUUCCAAGAAGAUAGCGAUUCUCGAUUUCAUGGCGAUGAUAGUGACGUGAUUCAAUUUGUAAGAAAUACGCCGAAAAAAAGAAAAUUAAAACAGACGAAGGGAACCGUAAAACGUACAAAAAACAUAAACAAUUUACUGGAAAGUCGUCGUAGGCUUCAGGAAGAACUGGCAAACAUUGAAAAUAUUUUGGGUUCCCUUCAAAACGAAAAAAACAUCAGCCAGGAUGAUGCUUUCGAAGAUAAAAACCUUCAUUAUGGUCUACUAUUGCUGUGUUAGGGGGUGCUCAGCUAUAAAUUCAAAUAUCAUGAUGCAUUUAUUUCCAAAUGAUGAUAAGAAAUUUCUCGAAUGGAUAGUUUUCCUAAAAAGAGAGGACUUGUUGCCGAGAGGAAAAUUUAAUAUUCGCCGAAGCUAUAAAGUGUGCGACAAACAUUUUUCAGAUAAAUGUAAAUUUCCAACCAAUAGAAACAAAACAAAUUUAAAGGCCGGGUGCAUACCAGACAUUCUUUUACCAGACAAAGCAGCUGACGAGAUCAUAGUUCCGCAGCCAAUUUCUAUCAAAGUAGAACUAGAAGAAGCCUGUGAAAGCCACAUGGACUAUGAUGACACUAGUGAAGUUUUAAGUGAUAAUUUUGCAUCUGAAAAAGAAACCGACAAAGACAUUAUUGUGGGGGAAUCUGUGGUAGUGAAAGACGAGGAGCCCACUGAAAUUAUUGAAAAGGAAUUCGCCGAACAGUGUUUAGAUUACGCGAUAAAAUAUUUCCAACAAUGUACUGAAUGUAAUGUUGCCGAGGAAAUUAUUUUUUUGGAGAAAUUGAAAGAGAAGUGUCCACAUUUGAAAUGACUACUGGUAUUAGGGACGAGUUAAGAAUAUUGUAAUUUUACUGUAAAUAAAAAUAAUUUUUUAG